AUGUCCUCUGGAGAGCCAGCAACGAAAAAAUCCAAGACCGAGGCGUUACCGGAGCACCUCAGCGGCAUCCCGGAAGAGACGAAGAAGGUCCUAAUCGAAAUCGAUGCUGUACAAAAUGAAAUCGACGGCCUAAAUGAGAAAGCAUCCGAAGAGAUUCUAAAGGUUGAGCAGAAAUACAAUCUACUUCGCAGGCCUCAGUAUGAGAAACGAUGCGAGAUGAUCAAGAAAAUCCCCAACUUCUGGUGUACUGCAUUUCUCAACCAUCCUCAGUUGUCUUCAAUAAUUGACGAGAGCGAAGAACAAGCUUUGGCUCAUCUAAGCAAUAUUGAGGUUGACGAAUUUGAUGAUAUCAAGAGUGGAUUCCGUUUGCGCUUUUUCUUUACACCAAACGAAUUUUUUGAAAAUGAGAAGAUCGAAAAGGAAUAUAAUCUUGGUGACACUCCUUCAACUACUGGUACCACAAUUCGAUGGAAGGAAGGCAAAAAUCUAGGCAAGAAAGGCGAUUCCUCAUCACCUCUUUCCUUUUUUGAGUGGCUUUCUGAAAAUGUUGACCCAGCACAUGACGAUAUCGCUGAGGUCAUCAAAGAUGAUAUGUGGCCCAAUCCACUCCAAUACUACCUCUUACCAGAAAUGGAAGAAACGGGCGACGACUUUGAAGAACUGAUUGACGAUGAAGAAGGUCUCGAGGAGGUUGACGAUGAAGGAGGCUCGGAUGGCGAAGAGAAUGAUGCCUGA